AGUACAGUAAACACGAGAAAGCAAAGGAGCACAUUGCACGGCCACCGAACUACACACAUAACGAUAGCCUACGCCUCGAAGAUGGUGAAGAGAAAGAAGACGGAAGCUGACACACGUGGAACAGAACAAGUUCUCUGCGACGCAAAAAAACAACCGAACGAUGAGUUUCCUGAAACUCGUAAGAAGCGUAAGGCCAAGAAAGAUGAAAAGACUCCACCAAAACCGGAGUCAUGCAUUCAGAUAAGUGUGAAGUGGACUGGAUGGCAGAAGAAAGGUAACCAAAUAAGCAUACCACAUUACAUUUACAAAAGCUCCCUGGGACAGCGGAUCCGAUCUCAUCUAAGACAGUGUCUCCAGGAGCCUUUCACACGCUCCCUGGGCUCCUACAGAUUGCUCCGCACAGCCAGUCCAUUUGACAGGAGGGUGACAUGUCUCGAGUGGCACCCCAGCUACCUCAGCAAGGUGGCUGUGGGCUCCAAAGGUGGAGACAUCAUCUUGUGGGACUAUGAGGAGCUGAACAAUGCAGCCUUCAUACAAGGGAAAGGUGCUGGUGACUCUAUUGGGGAAAUGAAGUUCUGUCCCUCAGAUGCAUCCAAAGUCUAUGUGGCCUCUGGUGAUGGCACACUCACCUUGCAGAGCUUUGAGCACCUACCGAGUGAGACGAUUUCUCAAGUCCCCAGCUGUAGCCAUGGCCAUCACAGUCUUUGUUACUGGUACUGCUGUGUGGAUGUUUCUUUGAGUCGCCAAAUGGUCGUUACUGGGGACAAUGCAGGCAGAUUGCUUUUGUUUGGACUGGAUGGACAAGAGAUCUUAAAUGAGAAGCUACACAAGGGUAAAGUGACCCAUGCAGAAUUCAACCCUCGCUAUGACUGGCUCAUGGCAACAUCAUCUGUUGACACCACUGUUAAGCUGUGGGACCUCAGAAACAUUAAAGACAAAAACAGUUACUUGCAUGAAAUCCCUCAUAAGAAGCCUGUUAAUGCUGCUUAUUUCAACCCAACUGACUGUACCAAGCUUCUCACUACAGACCAGAUGGAUGAGAUCAGGAUAUAUUCCUCAUUUGAUUGGUCUAAGCCAUCUCAGGUUAUUGUACACCCACAUCGACAGUUCCAGCACCUGACACCCAUCAAGGCAACUUGGCACCCCAUAUAUGAUCUCAUUGUUGUUGGCCGUUACCCUGAUGACCGUGUCUUUACUGAUGAUGAGAGAACCAUUGAUAUAUUUGAUGCCAACACAGGCAGGCUUGUGAAUCAGCUGAAAGACCCCAACACCCAUGGCAUUGUGUCUCUCAACAAAUUCCAUCCAAUGGGGAGCGUAUUGGCAUCUGGAAUGGGUUAUAAUAUUUUGAUCUGGAGCCAGGAUGAUACUGUAAGCCAGAUGCUUGGAACACAAAGAGAGGAAAGAACAGAGUCUGGAGAGAGAGAUGGAAACUCUAGAGUCCAGCAGAGAGCUCAGCAGCACCCCCGACCAAGACCAAAAACCAAAACUGAAUGUAAAAUGGUGAAAAAGAAGUCAUAGAUGGGCUCUGCCGCUACUUAAAGAUUAUAUGUACAAUAGACAUCGUUGUAAGACAAUGAUGUAUCCAUUUUCAUACAGCUUUUUUUUAUUUUAAGAUAUUUUUCCAGUUUUUAAACUUUAUAACUUUUUAAACAUUGUUUAUUCAUAUAAUAUACUUUGUACUGGUUAGAAUAGCAAGGAAGAGUCAUAUUGGAAACAAAAAGUUAAAAAAUAAAACAGCAUGGGUAUUUA